AUGAACUCUAGCAUUGACGCAAAUAUUUCGUGCACGAUCACAGAGGAAUCAAGUGAUAGUAGUGACAUGGAGGAGGCACGAGGAGAAAGAUCAAGACACAGAAACAUUAAACGGAAAGACAAACAGGCCAGCAGUGAGGGCACCUCUCAACCUCAAACAUCUUCGAAAUCAGUCCUUAAAAUUCAUAUUAGAGACGAAAAUACACAGACAGACAUUUCCUCCUCAAUAUUUGAUGAAAUGUUACGAUUUCGAUCUAUCAAUUUGUUCGAUGAGGGAAUUCAAACAGAACCAGAGAUUUCUUCUUCUCCUCUUGAUAGUAGCCAUCUUACAAAUAACGAUGACAACAAUUCUGUUGCUUCCUCGACCAAGUCCGAAAGAGACAGCAAGACCAUUGCCGAAUUGAGAAAAACCAUUGAGGAGUUGUGUAAAGAGCUCGGCUCGUCCAAUGUUUACAUUCAACAUCGAGAACAGGAAAUUGCAAGUGAGACUUCACGAAGGAGAAAGCUAGAGGAGGAGCUUGCAGAGACCAAAUCAAAUUGUUCCAAGUUGAAGAAAAAAAUCACAGAGAUUUCUACCCAAGUUGCACAACUUGCAGAGGAAAACACGAUUUUGAAAGAACACGAUUCACAGCUCCAAAAAGAGCUGGAAAGAACCAAAUCUGAUGCAUAUGCACUUUCUGAUACCAAGGAUAAGGAACUUCAGAGUAUGAAGAAGGAAUGUGAGGCAAUUAUUUUGGCCCUAAAAAAAAAGAUUGAUCUGCUCACUAAAAAUCAUCAAGAAACGCUCGCACUGCUUCAGAGAGCAAAGGAAGAGCAUUCAAGUGCAACCACCACUAUUCAAGAAGACAUGACACAAAAAAUUAAGGACUUGUCACAACAAAUUAUUGACACUCAAGAAAGAUGUGACAGAGAGAAGAGGAUCAUUAUGGAUCAAUGCGACAAACAAAUUCAAGAAAUUCAUAGCUCACAUAAAAAAGAGCUCGAACUACUCAAAGAAGAGCACUCCAAGAAAAUAAUGGACUGGGAAAAUAUUUCCAAUCAGCAAGCGGAUGAAAUUAAAAAGUUGAAAAACUCAGUUUUGGAAUUGGAAAAGAAGGAACACGCCAUAACUCAUGAGAAUGAAGAGCUUAGAAAAAUUAUUCAAAAGCAAAAGGAAAAGCUCACAUUGCUAUUGCAGUCCAAGCAAGAAGGUAUGGCGUUACUGGUGCGUCAGCUCGAGGAGAAAAAACAAGAACAAGUUUCCAAAGAAAAACUCUAUCUAAAGGAGCUUGACAAGGUCUCGAAUUAUGUGGCUCUGUACAAGAAUCAAGCAGAGACGCUUCAAACUCAGAUCAAGGAGACAGAACAAUCUCGACAGGAUCUCCUCAAGCAGCUUGAAGAUGUGAAAAAAGAAAACAGCAAUGUUGCGACCGAGAGUGAAUCAUUGAGGAAAGAUUUUGAGACGAAAGAGCGUGAAAUUAGAUGUGAGUACGAAAAGAAAAUCCAAACCAUACGAGACGAUUUUAAAAAAGAUCAAGAAGCAGCACUCCUAGUCAAAAACACCAUGCUCAAUGACAACAAUGACACGAUUCGAAAACAAAAAGAGGAACUGAACAAGUUACGAGACAAGGUCACAUUUCUUGAGAAGGAACUGGAUCGAGAAAUUAGAGAAAAGGAUCGAUUUUUCAGGCAAGACGAGAAGCGAGAUGAAAUGAUAGAAUCACUUGAGAGAGAAUUGCAGGAAGCAAAAGAAUUGGCAAAUAAGGAAAAGACCAAGCGACAACGUUGCAGAGAUGAGUUAAACGAAAGAAUUUCCGAGAUUUCUUCCUUGCAAGAGCAAAUAGAAAAAUUCAGAGAACACAACAGUGAAUCAAGAGAACAGCUGACAGCCGCUCUAAAAAAUCUCGAAAUGGAAAAGCAACACAACAAGGAACUUACUCUUCAACUGGCUCGAGUGGAAUCCAACAUGUUGGAAGUAUCACAAGCAACCAAAAAGAAGUACAUGGUUUUGGAUUCUGCCAAUCAAGAAUUGCGUUCUCGUCUCAAAGCAUCAGAAGAGAAAAAGAAGCUCUAUGCUCAACAUAUUGUCGAAAUGGAAGAAACAAUCAAAACACUCAAAGAAGCUGCCCUAAAGCAAGCAGAGUUGCGUAAAGAGGCAGAAGAGAAAGUGAGCAAAUUUAAAGCAUUUAUUGAAAAGAGUUUUUAA